AUGGCGCGCAGCUCCAGUGCUCUCCCUGUUGCCCUGCUGGCCCUGGUGGCUCUCUUCGUGGCCCCGGCGUUCGUGCCUUCACCCGCUCCUCGUGCGGCACCCGAGGCCAGUGCUGCUGCCAUCACCGCAGGCGCUGUGCUGCCGCUGCUCACAGCCCAGCCCGCAAUGGCCGAGGACUACAUGAUGCCUCCCAGCUGGCCCUUCCUCGUGGUCUUCAUUGCGGGGGCCUUCGCACUCCUGGUCAAGAUGGCGCGCAGCUCCAGUGCUCUCCCUGUUGCCCUGCUGGCCCUGGUGGCUCUCUUCGUGGCCCCGGCGUUCGUGCCUUCACCCGCUCCUCGUGCGGCACCCGAGGCCAGUGCUGCUGCCAUCACCGCAGGCGCUGUGCUGCCGCUGCUCACAGCCCAGCCCGCAAUGGCCGAGGACUACAUGAUGCCUCCCAGCUGGCCCUUCCUCGUGGUCUUCAUUGCGGGGGCCUUCGCACUCCUGGUUGUGGGCAACUUCAUCUUCCCUGGCGAGAGGAGGUGA